GCAGCUUCUUUUCGACUUCAACACAAUUUGAGACUCUCUUCCCAGUUAUUGCCAGCUCGCAUAAACUUCACGGAUUACAGAAAGCUCUUUAGAUGAACCAACUCACCGACGUGAACUACAGCUCCAUCUGUUUGACGUCUUCUAUUCCAGCACAUCUCACCAACACGUCCUUCACAGCCUGACCUCAGGAGCGCUACAUGUCCACGAGACGAGUACAUGGCUAAAGUAAGAAAGUGCUUCAUUCAAUAAGGAACACGGCUCUUAAGCAUGGUAUCUCGUCCAGCAACAUCGAGGGGAUCCGAUUCCAUUCGUCAACGGCUCUUCCCUGUGAUCACACACGCCCGAGGUCCAUAUCGAAUUUGGAAUCCGACGGUACAAACUGCUAGAUUGAUUGCAGAAGACACACCAGCUACCACAGCUCCAGCUCCUCCUUCUAUGAGUUCCCAAAUCUUAGGUCAAUCAUCAACCCGCACGUUCACACUCUUCCCCCUCCUACCAGCGGAGCUCCAACUCCAUAUCUGGACCAUUGUCUUCGCCUCACAACGAGUCAUUCCAAUCUACAGCGCCCCAUUCACCUAUACAUCCCGCUGCGCCCUUCUGCGAUUCUUACUCACAUGUAGAACCGUUGGCAACAUUGAAAUACCAACUCUCCCACAUCCAGCGCUGGCGUCGGCGCCGUACGCUUGCAAAACUUCACACGAUGUGUACAGACGCACUUUCCAUAGCAUGACACUCAUACGAAGCGAUCGUAAAAUGGUAUCAUUGGUUUUCAAUCCCCGCUAUGACGUGGUUUUCUUCAAAAUGGGGUUGAGCAGCAAGAUGCACACCUCUUUAUCACUAGAAGCUUUUGUCAACUUCCAACCCGCGGCAGCAACUAGUUUGAGGAUGAUUGCAGUUGAAACAAUUGGGGAAGUAGGGGAAUUUGCGACUGCUUUGAGGGGUUUUGAUAGGUUGGAGAAGCUGGUUGUGGUUUUGCCAGCGGUGAGGGAGGUCGACACCGCGAACAACCUGACUGAUGUGGCAGGAAAUGAGGAUGGGUGGGAUCAGAGGGGCUGGGAGUUGGGAUUGAGCAUCGAGAGGGCGGAAAAUGUGAAUGACUUGAAAAAGAGAGUACAAGAGUUAGUAGAGGGUGAGAUGGAGAGAUUGAAGAGGGAGAAGUGGGAGCGCUGGACUGUUCCCAGUUUGAGCAUUGUAGAGACAUGGGAGGAGAUAUUGGGUAUUUGAACAGCGACCUCAGGUUUAGGGUACAUUUCUAGCUCACUAAUACGGGGUUAAAUUUUCGUGAUUUGGGCAUAUGUAGCAUUGCCUAAGUCACAAAGUCCUUCC